ACGCCCAUCACUGAGGCAUCACCAAAUGAGUUAGUGGAUGAGUUCCUGGGAGGUCAGAGGGUUGCCAUGGCGCCACAUACCUUCCACAUGGGCAGCCUCCUGCAGGAGAUGAGAGAGAUAGAAGGCCAGGAGCAGAACUUCAUACCGCAGAGAGGUCCAGCGAUUGCGGAAACUAUUUCUUGCCACAGAAAUGAUCAUCCCAAUCAGGACUGGUCACAUGACUUUCUAAGCAAUCAGCCAAGCAAUCAAAUGGCACGAGUUCCCCCAAUGAACAUGAAGUGGGCUGAGGAGUAUCUUGACCAAUCAGAGCACAGACCAUGGACAGAGGAAUCUGAGAGAGAGAUUUUCGAUGACAGCAAAUGGAUUGAUGAUUUCACCGCAGAGUCCGGUGACCUCCAGAAAACCGCCCGUGACCUUUUGGACAGCGUAACGGAUGACAAACUCAACAGCUCUGAGUUCAUGAGAUUUGUACGUAAAAUUGGAGACGGGGAUAUAACAAUCAAAGAUAACGAAGUGAUUGAAAAAUCACUUGAAGCUAAGUCAGAGGCCUGGGCAAAUGAAUUUGCAAGCUCUAGUCAAGAAACCCCCUCUCAGUCUCAGGGCCGUUCCCUGGUGGACAAGUGGGAGGAGGAAUUUAUGUCCGAGAAGGCUGUCAAUGAUGCGGAAUUCUGGGAGAAGCUCGAGCAACAUUGGCAGGAUGUUGCACAGACCAGUGAGGAUCAUGCCUGGUUGACAGAGUUUGAUGACACAGCACAAUACAAGGAGUACAAAUUUGAAGAGGAAAAUCCCCUGUUAGACCACCCAGACCCGUUCCAGGCUGGACUAGAGAAGCUUCAUCAAGGAGACAUACCCAACGCAGUGUUGCUGUUUGAAGCUGCUGUAAAGAAAGACGAGACACAUGCAGAGGCUUGGCAGUAUCUGGGCACCACACAGGCUGAGAAUGAACAAGAACCUGCUGCUAUUGCUGCACUCAACAGGUGCUUAGACCUUCAGCCCGGCAACCUUACUGCCCUGAUGUCUCUGGCAGUUAGUUAUACCAACGAGUCCCUGGCAUCACAUGCAUGUAAUACCCUGAAACUGUGGCUGAAAAACAAUGAGAAAUACGCUCACCUUGUGCCUGAACCUGUGGAGAAAGCACCCAAAGUGUCCUCAUAUGUGUCCAGUGAACAGCACAAGGAGAUCCAAGACCUGUACAUCCGGGCUGCACGGGGGGCGGUGACGGGCGAGAUAGACGCAGAUGUGCAGUGUGGUCUGGGGGUGCUGUUCAACCUCAGUGGAGAGUACGACAAGGCUGUAGACUGCUUCUCCGCCGCACUCCAAGUCAGACCUAAGGAUGCCUUGCUGUGGAACAAGCUGGGCGCCACACUGGCAAAUGGGAGCCGCAGCGAGGAGGCAGUGGACGCGUACCACAAUGCACUGCAGCUUGCGCCUGGGUUCAUACGUUCACGAUACAACUUAGGCAUUGCCUGCAUCAAUCUUGGGGCACACAGAGAAGCCGUGGAGCAUUUCCUCACCGCUCUGAACAUGCAGAAGCAAUCGCACGGCUUGAAAGACCCGAAUGCAGUCAUGUCCCAGAACAUCUGGAGUACCUUGCGCAUGGCCAUAUCUCUGCUUGGUCGCAGUGACCUGUAUGCAUUCUGUGAUAAACGUGAUGUUGACACGCUAAUUAACGAAUUUGGUCUCAAUAACGGUUCUUGAUAUGGCAGCUUUGGUGAUAGGACUUUUUGUGAUACAAGCUUUAGUGAGACGAAUUAUUCCAUUGAUGGUAAUAUCUAUUGUGACGGAUGUCAGCAUGUUUGCAAUUCAUUGAAACCAAGAGCUGAGGACUUACAGACAUGUGUAAGCUCAAGUGAUAAUCAGGUGCCCUGGGAUUGUCAAAAGCCGGGUGAAAAUAUUGUUUGUACGCAGUAUUUUCAUGGGUGUGGAAUACAGUGUCAUUCGGAACAGCUUGGAAUGCAAACACCCUUGGGAGAACUGCGGAGUGAAAGGCUGACAGAUUCAGGGGAAAUAAAGAGGGACACAAAAAUAUGUGAAGAUGAAAGUAUAGCAAAUCAGCAUGUUAAUCAAAACCAAGACUUCCAUUAUAUGGAUUUUUCACUUCCAGGGGUCCUAAAGCUAAUAUUUCAGUGAUGAAAUUUUUCAAUUUAAUGAAUUUAUGAUUCCCUGUAGAUUUUGUUUUUGUUAAAUAAAUAAUUGCAUGAAUUUAUAUUGUAAGAAGUUGUAAAUAACAGAAUAAGUGUUUAAUCCAAAUGUUUAUGACUUACUAAAGCGCAAAAGGUGUUUUGCAGAAUAUGAAAGGGGUCAGGAGCCCUCUUAAACAAAGCUUCUUACAACCUUAGUUUUAAGGUUUUCUUGAUUUUCUAAAAAUUCCUGUAGUCACUUGCAAGGUAAGACUAUUCGAAUAAUGUAUAUUUACAUUUUAAUUUUUAGGACAGGUAAAUAUUGCUUAGAUGAUGAUUUUGUAUUUAUUUUUGUAUAAAGCAUUAACACUGGAUUUCUCAUUGACAGAUUUUACCUUAAUAUGUUCCUUAAGUACGUCUUAAAGGGAUCUUUUCACGGUUUGGAAAAUUGACAAAAUUGAAAAAAGUUUUUCAGAUUCGCAAAUUUUCGUUUUAGUUAGGAUAUUUUUGAGAAAACAGUAUUACGGAACAUUUACCAUGGUCUAAUAUAGCCAAUAUAUGCAUCUUUUGACGAUUUAAAAACCUAAAAAUUAUAAAGCGUUGCAACGCGAAACGAUUGAAUAAUUUGGAGAGUUCUGUUGUUGUCGUUAAAUUUUGUGAAACUACGAAGAUUGAUCAUAUAAUGCAUAAAAUACUUUAACCAAGUAUGCUUGGCAGAAUAGCCGAGCGGGCUAAUGCGUUUUUACUCCAGGUUACUCCAGGACUCCGGGGGUCACUGGUUCGAGUCCAGCUGAGGCUACUUUUUUUCUUAUUUUAAAUUUUAUUCUUGAUUUUUUACUGGAGCUUUUAAGAUCCAAUGUAUACAUUUAUCAAUAUAAAGCAUUUAAUGACUUAUUUCAAAACAUGCCAAAAACUGUGGAAAGGCCCCUUUAAGCUUUUUUCAAACGUUAACUUCAAACCGAGCCCAACUCCAGUGCUUAUGUCAUUAACAAAUUUAAAAAAAAAUAAGGCGGUGAUUUAUUUUAAAACAUAUACUAACUUACACUCCAUUAUAAAACCAUUUUUGUUUGUUUUAACUUUUAAGAAUAUCCUUUAAUAAUAAGUAUAAAAUCUCAGACAAGGUGAAGGCGGUUCCAGACUGUAUUUGAUUGUAUCAGAUAUAAUGUACUCUUUUUUCAUGCUAGGUAUGGUUGCUAUAUUAUCUCGUAAUACACUCUUGAUCAUGCAAAAGUAUUGUGGUGGGGUUGAAAAUAAGGUAACUAAAUCACGAAGAAGAUUUACAAGUUAUGAAAUAGCCACAGUGCUUUUUCUGUUAUGUGGUUCAAAAAAUUUUGUUGAGUACUUGUUUAUGCGUGUGACAGACUUAUAAUAUAAUAGUCAUAUAAUAGUGGUGCUUUGUUUUCCAAUACCUUAUCAUUUUUCAAAAUUACCUCCCUUGAUUUCAAUUUGAUAUGCAUGUUCUAUUUAAAUAUUUAAUCUUUUUAGAUGAAAUAGGCAAUCAAAUCAGAAUGAUGUUAAUUCUGUGUAGUGCAGUAUUUAUGUCUGCUAUUUCCCUAGAUAUUAAGGGAAGCGGACAACGACAACGAGCGGUCAUGGUAUUGUAAUGAGCAUGGGGGGGGGGGGGGGGGAGUUAGAGGGUUUGGGUUAGGGUAAGCCUUAACCCAUACCUUAACCCUUACCUGACCCCUAACCUAACGAUAACCCAGGGUUAUCUCCCCUAUACCAUGCCUCGCUCGUUGUAAUUGUCCUCCUUCCAGAUAUUAAUGACUAUAUGCAAUAAAAUAUAGAUAUAUGCACUUACAUUUCUUGAUAUAAAACAGCAUGAACAAGUAAUAUAACUAUAAAUGAUUUUAGUAUACUUAAAGGAAGCAUUUAAUACAUUUAAUACAUAAACUUGUCAAUACUGCAUGUAAUUGUUAUUAAAACUUAUUUUGCAUAUUGCACAAUUGGUGCAAAAAGGUACCCUGUGCCUUUUUAUUUCAAUGUCACAUGGUUUCUUUUUGCGCCAAUGGAGCAAAUUAUGUACAUGCUUUUAAAUUGAACUCCAUGAUGUAACAUCAACAUCUGGCUACAACAUCAAAGGGGGUGUUUAUUACAAGAAGGCAAGACUUGAAACUUGCCUUAAAAUUUCCUCAACAUUAGCCUUUCUUGCAGUUUGUAAUUUGAUGAUAGUUACAUGAUUGUAACUCCUUCACAUUUAUAUAUCAGAUACACCAAUAUUCUUGCACACCCAUUGCUAUAUAAACAUCGAUGGCAAGACGGUUUUAUUGCCUUUAGGGACAGAAGUAAUGCAACACCUUGUAAAUGGGAUUGGUGAUUGCAGUAAUUUUAUUUUGGGAUUUGAGUAUUUAAAUCAAGGGCUACGUGAUGUAUCUGAUUGUAAUGUGUAUUUGGUGUACAUAUUUUAUACAACUGCACUAGGUGUUCCAGGAAAUGUUUACUACCGAUCUGUUACCAUAUCUAGCCCCAAGCUGUUUGUUACAAAAUUAAUCAUUGCAUUUCGUGCAUUGGUAGAAAAUAUUUUACUUGGUAUUGGCCGAAAAGCAGUUUCAUAUCAUUCAUAUUGAUAGUUUUGAAUAUUCCUGUCAAUAAGAUAUAAUGCUAUUUAUAUAGAGUUGUGAAUUGUUCAUAAUGUUUACAAAGAAAUGCUUUAAAUACAUAGACCACAUAAUAGUAAUUAUGAAACUAACAAAUUUUAAUUUAAUUAACAAUCAUGUAUGUGUUCAAAAAUUUGAAUUGACACUGCCAUGUGUGUUAAUCACUCAAACAAAAUAAAUGCAUUUUUUAAGGGUAGAUUAUACAAUAAAUGUUUGUGUUUUUGAUAUGGUCGGCAUUCUUAAUACAGAAAAGUAUGACAGAUUUAACUAUAAUGAAUAUAAUAUUGAUAGGGCAUUUUUUUCUAUUUUAGUAUUUUCUGUAGAUCCAAAGUCAUUUACUGAUGUGAUUUAUGUCCACCCACCAUUGCUUAUGUGAUAGUGUUGGGAAUGCUUAGAAGAUUUUAUUGAAAAGCUUCCUUGUAUGUGAACAUGUUUGUUUAAUUGAUUUUUUUUUUUUUUAAGUUUUGUCCUUUUUUCGAUUUUUGAUAGGUUUUCACUGUCAAUAUUUCAUGGUUGUGCCAAAUUCAUAAUUAUUUCGCAGACAAACAUGUGUUUAUUUUUAUCUUAAAUUGUUAAAAUAAUGUUGCACAAUCAAGUGUUAACAAUUAGACACAAGUACACAUUUUUGUGAUGAGAAACAAAUGCUUUAGUUUGAAUAAUUCGAGUCAAAUCUUUACUGAUACAAAAAGUGUAUAUUUAAGUGUAAACUAUUGUGUCAUUACAACUUGAUGUUUCCAAGAGCAAAAUAAGUAUUAGUUACAGAAUAUUUUAUAUGAUGUCGGACAUUUUUUCAAAGUUAACAACUGGAGUAUUCUUACAAAAAUAUGUGUCUUGUUCUGAGAAAAUUCGGCUUAAUGCAUGUGCGUUAAGUGUCGUCCCAGAUUAGCCUGUGCA